GAGAGCAAGGGGGACAGCGCCAUUUUGUUUAUUUUCGUGAAUCAGUGGGAGGAGGGGUGGUGGAAAGCCACGUUACGGCCGCCUGGAAGGGUUUGGUGUCCCCCACCCCUACCACCUGGUGGUCUGAGGUGCCAGGGCAAUGUUCUACGCCCACUUCGUUCUCAGCAAGCGUGGGCCGUUGGCCAAAAUUUGGCUGGCGGCCCACUGGGAUAAGAAGCUGACCAAGGCCCAUGUGUUUGAAUGCAACCUUGAGAGCAGUGUAGAGAGCAUCAUUUCUCCCAAGGUGAAGAUGGCUUUACGGACAUCCGGCCACUUGCUCCUUGGUGUAGUGAGAAUCUACCACAGAAAGGCCAAGUAUCUGUUGGCAGAUUGUAACGAGGCCUUCAUCAAGAUCAAGAUGGCGUUUCGACCAGGUGUGGUGGACUUACCGGAGGAGAACCGUGAAGCUGCUUACAAUGCCAUCACCUUGCCAGAGGAGUUCCAUGACUUUGACCAGCUGCCAGACCUGGAUGACAUAGAUGUUGCCCAGCAGUUCAGUCUGAAUCAAAGUCGUGUGGAAGAGAUCACCAUGAGGGAGGAGGUUGGUAACCUCAACCUGCUUCAGGAGAAUGACUUUGCUGAUUUUGGGAUGGAUGACCGUGAGAUGAUGAGAGAAGCAAGCGCCUUUGAGGACGACAUUAUCCAUGGAGCGUCUGCUUCCAACCUGCUCCUUGAGCCAGAGUCCAGCAGUGGCCAAAUAACCGACAAGUCCAACCAUCUGGAGUUUGACCAGUACAAGGACGACUUUGGUGACAAUCCCAUGGAGAGCAGCGAGGGAGGCAUGCUGGUGGACAAGCUCCUGAGCAAUGAGGAUGGUGGGGGCAUCUUUGAUGACCCUCCAGCUAUCGCAGAGAACGUGAUGAUGCCAGCGGGAGAACCUGGCGCAGAGGAUGAUGACGACUAUGACAACUUGUCAGCCGGAGCCCCUGAUAGUCCCGACUCUGGACCAGUGGGGCAGCUGCCCACCAUGACUGACCAGACGGAGCAGACCACACUGGUGCACAACGAGGAGGAGGCCUUCGCCCUGGAGCCCAUCGACAUCACAGUGAAGGAGACCAAGGCCAAGAGGAAGAGGAAGCUGAUCGUGGACAGCGUGAAGGAGCUGGACAGCAAGACCAUCCGCGCGCAGCUCAGCGACUACUCGGACAUCGUGACCACGCUGGACCUGGCUCCGCCCACCAAGAAGCUGAUGAUGUGGAAGGAGACGGGCGGCGUGGAGAAGCUCUUCUCGCUCCCCGCGCAGCCGCUGUGGAACGGCAGGCUCCUCAAGAUGUUUACGCGAUGCCUCACCCCUCUGAUGCCGGAUGAGCUGAGGAAGCGAAGGAAAGGGGGUGAGGCCGACAGCCUGGACGAGUUCCUUAAGGAUCUGGAGAACCCCGAGGUUCCUCGGGAGGAAGCCAUGGGCCAGCAGAGGGACAUCAUUGACCAGACAAUCUUGGAAGAGCCUAGCGUGCUGCAGACAGCAGCCAUGGAGGGCAGCAGGACCCUGGACGAGUCCAUGAUGCCCCCUCCCUCCUCACAUAGGGGCCAGAAGCGCAAAGCCCAGGAGGUCCAGGAUAAUAUGUCUAUCAUUGAUGAUGACCGGGCGUCCAUAGUGUCAGCACUGCCUGUGCCACCUGUGGAGCUUCCCCCAGAGGAGCCACCCAACCUCAGUCAGCUCAUCCCAGAGCUGGACCUGCUGGGCGAGAAGAGCAAGGACAAGAAGGAUGAUGAGGAAGAGGAAGAGGAGGAGGAGGGUCAGGGUGGAGACCAGGAUCAGGAGGAGAGGCGGUGGAACAAGAGAACCCAGCAGAUGUUGCAUGGCCUUCAGAGGGUUUUGGCCAAAACUGGAGCUGAGUCCAUCGGCCUGUUGGAACUGUGCAGGAACAACAACAAGAAGCAGGCUGCCGCCAAGUUCUACAGCUUCCUGGUUCUGAAGAAACAGCAGGCCGUGGAGCUGUCGCAGGCUGAACCUUACAGCGACAUCAUCGCCACGCCUGGUCCGCGAUUUCACAUCGUCUAGCCGUCUUGUCCCCCCCCCCCCCCCCCACCCCCGUCCUUCUAAUACUAACUCCACUCUUGCGUGUUGGAGUUUGAUUCUGUCUAUGGUGAACUGUCGUUACUGUUCAGAAUGUUUUUAUUUCUGUUGGUUUAUCAAGUGUCCCCGUUGUCCAUGUGCUUUGUUUUUUAAAGCUUGGAGUUCAGAAGUCUUAUGUUUUCAGUCUGAAUGCAGAAUUGGGCAUUUUUUAUUA